GGCCCCGUACGGCCGCGCAUGUAUGAAUUGCUCGCAGGCGAAAUGCAAAUGCAUCCUUUCCAAAGAUGGAGGCCAGUGUCAACGCUGUCAGCGCCUCCACAAAGAAUGUCGCCCCUCCGCGUUCCAGCGCCGGCAAAAUCUCCGCAAAUCCGCCGCCACGAAGAGCGGCCGCCUGGAGAAGAAGCUGGAUGAUGUGGUCGCGCUGCUUCGUGCCCGGGCUGCGCAUGCAUCUGGUAGCAGUGCGGCCGCAGAUGAAUACGCUGACUUGAUCGAGGACCAGUUGAACGCAACGACGCCGGCAAGGCCCCGGCCACGGACUCGGACUCCGCGCAGUGUCUCACGGAGGAAACCCGACGUCGAAUCCCAAAAUGUCAGUAAUCCGCAGGCCCGGUUGCAGUCCACCGAGCCGAUCGAGCAGACAUCGAGGGGUCUCGGCUCAGCGGCUCCCUCGCCAGAAGACGCUGCCCUCGAGCUUCCGCCGUGGCAAGCCGAAGAGUGUUUGGCGGCGUUUCUCACGCAGAAACUGCCGUAUCUCCCAUUCAUCGACUUUCCGUCAGGGACCACGGCACGGCGUCUGCAGCGCGAGCGGCCGUUCACGUGGCUAUGCGUGAUGGCGGUUGCUGCGAAGAGCGCGAAGCAGCGCAGUGCGCUCUGCGACAGGGUCAAAGAGAUUGUCGCGCAGAAAGCGGUGCUCGACUACGGGGGUCGCGAUCUCGAUCUCCUCCUGGGCAUACUGAUCUUCAUCGCUUGGUCCGGCCAGCAAGUCUUCCGCAAGCUCAACCUGAUCAUGUUCAGCCAGCUCGCCAUUGCGGUGGUGUAUGAUCUCUCGCUGGACAAGCCCUCCUCGCUGGAGAACUCUCUCCUGCUGUGUCUGCAUUCUUCAGUGGACGACGACCCUCCGCCGCUGCCCGUCCGGUCCAAAGAGGAGCGUCGAGCCGUGCUAGGUUGUUAUCUCCUCACCUCGAGCGUCGCCCUCUUCUUCAAGAAAGCCUCAUCCCUCCGCUGGACACCAUACCUCGAAGAAUGCCUCGAAACCCUAACCCAGCACCCCGAUACCCCCAACGACGAAGUCCUCGUCCACCAAGUCCGCUACCAACACGUCAACGACCAACUCAACCAGAAUCACCCCGAAAACCCCAACCCCCUUCAAGCCCCAAUCCCAUGCCCCAUCCCACUCCCCACCUACCAACACGCCCUCACCACCUAUCUCCAAUCCGCCCAAACCAAAUUCCCCCCGCACACCCAAGAAUACAAAAUAAUCCACCUCCACAACACCCACACCGCCCUAACCCUCACCGAACCCUCGCUCCUCAAUCCCACCAACCCCAAAACCCAAACCCCCCGCCUCAACCUCCCCCACCUCGACCACCUCACCGCCGCCCUCACCGCCACACAAGCCUGGCUCGACAACUUCCUCACCAUCCCGCCCGCCGAGUACAGCGGCUUCCCCUUCACGGUCUUCGCGCAGCUGGCCCGCACCCUGGCGGCGCUGUGGCGGCUCUCCACGCUGGAGGAUCCGCUGUGGGAUCGCGGGGGUGUACGACGGGCGGUGGAUGUGUUGGGGGUGUUGGAUCGCGUGGUGGGGAAUUUGGGGCAGGCGGCGGCGUUGGCGAGGUUGGAGGGGGGGAGGAGGUUCUUUGGGAAUUCGGGGGGAGGCGGGGAUGGGGAGGAGGAUGGGGAGGGGGUGGAUGAGGGGGAGGUGUUUUUCCAGUCGGUGGGGAAGUAUGAGGCUAUGCGGUUGGCUUGGGAACGGAAGUUGAGGUUGGGGGCGAAUGUCGGUGCUGGAGGGGGUGGGGGGAGGGAGGGGGUGCAGCUGCCGUUGUGUCAGGAUGUUUCUGGGUUUGGGUCUGGGUCUGGGUCUGGGGGUGCUGGAGCUGGUGCUUUGGGGGUGGGAGUUGGGUAUGAUGACUGGUUGAGUGAGUUUUUGAAUUCGAUGGUGCAUUGA